AGAGAAAUAUCAUCUUCAUGGCGCCUGCCACGUUUGAAAAUUUUCACUGCAAUAUUUUUGCUGGCGCCAGUUUUUAAACCUUCCUUCCAUAUUAAAGUAGUUACAUAACUGGUGUAGAGUGGUCCAGUUGCCUUGUUUUUUGAGUCUUGCUGGAUGGAUCUAGGUGAUUACCUUUAUUCAGAAGCAGAUGGUUCUUUAUUUCUGCUGCUGCUGCUGCUGCUGCUUUGGUGUCCUGUUGUUGGGUUUAAGAAAUUCAAUUUUAAAAUGUCAUUAAGUAAAAUUAUCUUGAAGAGAGAUCAAAAGAAUCUUCCUUUAGUGAAUGAUUGGUGAAUUUUAUUCGUUUGUGGUCUAAUAUUAAUGUCGUGCAAUCACUCAAUGAUGUUGAAUGUGUUUGAUAGCUUAAUGGUUCUUGUCUGCGUAAUCAUAUUUUUUGUCCUAUAUAUAAUCUGAAGGCAAGAAGGGCACUGCGAGCAUUAAAAGGAUUGGUCAGGCUUCAGGCUCUGGUUAGAGGUCAUAUUGAGAGGAAACGUACUGCAGAAUGGCUGCGGAGGAUGCAGGCUUUGUUGCGAGCACAAGUACGUGCACGUGCAGGGCGUAUUCAAAUUUCUGAAUCUUCACGAUCAAGCAGCAAAACAUCUCAUUUCCAUAAUCCUGGUCCACCAACCCCUGAAAAAGUCGAACAUGCUAUUCGAUCUAAGAGUGCAAAGUAUGAACAAAAAUCAAUAUUAAAGAGAAAUGGAUCAAAAUCAAAUGGCAAGAUUGUUGAUAGUGAGAAAGUGCAUGUAUAUCAGCAUCGGUCAGACCAUCGGAUAUAUGAACAAUCAUGGGAUCGAAUACGAUCAACAAGAAUUGGCACUACAGAUGAUGAAAAGAAUGACAAGAUCCUUGAGGUUGAUACUGGGAAACCCCACUUCAGAUCUAAACGCAGAAACCUGUUUCACUCCACUCAUCUUGCUUACACUUCAGACCAAUAUAGUUACAGUUUCACGCAUUCAAAAGAGUCUAAUCAAACGGCUCCUAGUCCAUCAUCUGGUGAAGUUCAGUCUUUAACUCCACUGAAGCUUUCUCAUGAGGUUGAGGAAAGUUCUUUCACAACCGCUGAGAAUAGCCCACAAUUCUACUCUGCAUCAUCAAGAGGUGGUGGUAGUUCCAGGAGAAGUCCCUUCACUCCCACCAAGAGUGAUGGCUCGAAAAGCUACCUAAGUGGAUACUCAGACCAUCCAAAUUACAUGGCCUACACUGAAUCUUCAAAGGCCAAGGUGAGGUCUCUUAGUGCUCCAAAACAAAGGCCACAAUAUGAGAGAUCUAGUUCAACAAGGAGGCAUUCCGUUUUCGGGUUUGCUGAACCAAGAUUAAAUACACAGAGAUCUUCUUUGCAUGCAAACUUUGUAAGCAAGGCUUACCCAGGAUCAGGCCGGCUGGACAAACUUGGAAUGCCCAUUGGGCAAAGGUAUUAAAGCUUAGUUUAAGAGGGUAGGAGACAUGCUAACUCAAGUACUUAGAUUUACAUAUUUUGCCCUGUACUCUAGGAAUAUGAAGCUGUUUAUUCAUUUAAGUUUCAAGAUGAAUCUAAGGAAUGUUAUGACUCUAAUUAGUAUGUAUUUAUCUUUUAGCAAUUGUGAAUUCCAAAUAUUAGGUGCUGAAAUACUGUUCCCUU